AUGACGCUCUCGACUACUCAACUACUCUUACGCCUGGCACUCGCGCUUCUCCUGCCGCUCUGGGCUCUUUCGACGAGCCAGGAUGAGGUGUGGACAGUCUUUCUCAUGACGGCUCUGCUUACGAUAUUGGCGUAUCAAACACGCUUCGCUAUCGACUUUGAUCUCGCUAAAGGCGCCAUGAUAGCGGUGUACGGAACAUUCGUCGCGAGUUAUGUUGCCGACUAUUACUUUGUCGGUCCAUGGAUGCGAUUAGCCAUGGCGUAUAUCUUCUCUUGGGAUGCGCUGCAGUAUGUCUUACCUUUUACCGAACAUUAUAUUCGUGUCCAAGAAGCACGCCAGAAACCUCUGAGAUCAUCGCCAAUCCUGAACCUGCCCCUUGUCAUGGCUACUACAUUGACGAUAUACCUCGGUGUGUGCGGCUACAUCAAUACACAGGGUCCGAGAUGGCGCGCCCUAGGUAUCUGCCUCAUGACGGUCUGCGCUACCGGUGGUGCUCUUCAGCACGGUGCUGUUGGCGUACGACAUAUGGUAGCCUAUUACUCUGCUGUAUCACAGCUCGACAUCGCGGAUACACCCGGACCGGUCGAGCCGGAACUGGAGCGAGGCGAUACUAUUCUUUCGACUGAAGAGAAGAGUGUCUCUGUCUUGGCCUCCAUGUCUGAGGACGAGAAGUGCAAGUACUGGGCAGAAGGGUCGCUUGUACCUCUGGGGUAUUGUGAUUGGGAACUACUGAUGGCGCAGGUGAUCUCGGAGAUACCGAUGAUGCAGGGUCGGCCAAGUACGAGGAGGAGAGGGUAA